AAGCAUUCCGCUCAGGCAUGCCCCUCUCCUGCUAGAGUAGGGUUAGUCUUAUACAAACCCCCCGAGUAGUUUGAAUAGAAGCGGAUCAUUUCGGAUUUUUUUUUUCACAGCAAUUGGUUUGAACCGUGAAGAAUUUUGUCACCCAACAGUUUCUCUUGGCUCUAUCUCACGGGGGACCUUGCCCCUGUUCAUAAUCGUGCCAUAUCAUGCCGGAGCCUCUGAUUGUUGUGGCAGGUGGCAAAAUGGACCCCGAACUCUCCAACCCAACACAGACCCCAAAGCAUGAUUCGCGACCCGAGUGCUUGCUCGCACCGGCCCGCGGACUACAUGCAACAUUAGUCGCUCGCAGCUGGGACUCGGCGAUUGCACUUCUCUUGAGUAUCUCAGCCUCUAUGCAGCCCGGAUACUUCACAUAUCUUUUAUAUAUUUUCGCUACUUCUUCCUAUCUAUCUUCAACUUACUCUUAUUGCUUUUCUUCUUUCCUAGUGGGAGUAGUGGCGCUUAGUGUAGACAGGGCCGGCCACAGCAAAAGUGUGUGAUACCCUAUAGUUCGGGAUGAGCGGAGGUCCUGUAGCUAAGGCCAGCUAGGGGAUUUUGGCAAGAAAGAAAAGUUACGUAGUUAAUUAAAUACUUCUCAAGGUGAUAAGAUGUUAUUUUUUAAGAUAUUAUUAAACUA